UCCAAGAUGGCGGACCUCCACCGCCAGCUGCAGGAGUACCUGGCGCAGGGGAAAGCUGGCGGGUCGGCGGCCGCGGAGCCGCUGCUCGCCGCGGGAAAGGCGGAGGAGCCCGCGGCGGGGGACAGACCGGCGGGGGCGUGGCUGGGCCGCGCGGGCCUGCAUUGGACGUGGGCGCCGAGCCCCGCGGAGCCAACGGCGGCGGCGGGCCCGGCGUGCCUGCCGAGCUUGACGCGUGCGCAGCGGCUGGCGGCGAGCGGCGUGUGCCUGCUGCUGGCCGCGCUCUGCUUCGGCCUGGCCGCGCUGUACGCGCCCGUGCUGCUGCUGCGGGCACGCAAGUUCGCGCUCCUCUGGUCGCUGGGCUCGGCGCUGGCGCUGACUGGCGGUGCGCUCCUGCGAGGUGGAGCGGCGUGCGGGCGCCUGCUGCGCGGCGAGGAGACGCCGUCGCGGCCCGCGCUGCUCUACGUGGCCGCGCUGGGCGCCACGCUGUACGCGGCGCUGGGUCUGCGCAGUACGUUGCUCACGGCGCUGGGCGCCUGCGCGCAGGUGGCCGCCCUCCUGGCCGUGCUGCUCGGCCUGCUGCCUUGGGGAACAGGUGCGGCACUGCGCCUAGCCCUCGGGCGCUUGCGCCCCGGCGACCGCCUCACUAAGGCGCUGCCUGUGUGA